AUUGAACAGCGACCGUCGUGUUUUCCGUGAAAAUCUGAAUGUAACACGUUUCGGAUUCAACUCUACAAUUGUAAGCCGAUUUAUAUUAGAUUUGAGUCUAAAGAUGAACCCCGAGGAUUAUUCAGAUUCGACGGUUUUGUGUUUCCGGUGCCGUCAUUUAUUGCGCGCGUGUCUCAUCCCCGGUACGAUGAGGAUGCCUUCGGCUCGGAUGCUGCCGCCGCCGCCGCCGCCUGUUUCAGCACCGCGCCAUUGACAUGACGGCGAGGACAGACGGUGCAGAGACACAAACGGUGGGCACGUGGGAACCGGUAACCGCGUCACGUGCACAGCUGGGCCCGGGGACACACGCCAAGGGCAGUGCGGCACAACACGGGAGGAGAGGUGGAGGAAGAACAGGAGGAGGAGGAGGAGGAGGGGGAGGAAGAGAAGGAAGAAGGGGGGGUCGAGUGGAGCUACCUUUCACCCCGUUUCUCUACACUGUAGCCCUCCAUCUUCAUUAUUCCUUUAGUUUGUGUAUUUUUCCCCCUGAAAAAUGGUGCAAACUCUCGUGACAUCCGUUCCGUUUGGUCGCUUGGUAACCCGCAGUGGCCCUCGCGCCCCAUAUGGCGCUUAACGAACAAGUCUUAAUCUAAAUACAGCCGAAAUGUUCUCUUUUUUACUGCUUCUUUUUAUAAAGACAACGUAGUUAUUCAGUCAUUUCGGUCCUCAUCAGGACCUUUAUGGAUUUCGCUCUUUUAGAGAAAAUUAUAGAGAAAAAUAGAGAAAAUUAUCUCCACUAGCUAACGGCUAACUGCGCGCUCACGAUCCAAGUAUUCUUUAUACACACUAAUUAACUCGCUCGUUUUUAAUAACAAUAACAAGUCUUCUUAUAACUCAUUAAUAAAACAUCAUUAUUGCUAUUUUGUCUUUAAUGCCGAGUGAUUUACUGAGCUAACUCAACAGUUUCAUUUAUUCAGGGAAAGUUAGCUAGCGAUGUUAUAGCCUUAGCUAGCUUAGCGUAUAUAACAGCUAGUGCUACAGCUACAUCAGGCUAGCAAACUGAUUUUAAAUGAUCUACAGUAUGUAUGUGUUAGGAAGAAAUGGCUACACGUGAUAUUUAAUGAAGAAACUGAUAUUAUUGUUAUUAACCAAACCUGUGUUUCAUGCCGCAAAAAAUAAUUACCUCAGAAAUGGCAACAUAGCGGCAAAGCAAAUUUUGUAGCCUGACAGCAGCUCACUGUGUGUGUGUGUGUGUGUGUGUGUGUGGUUUUACACUACAAUAUAAUAUUAGCAAUACAUCCAAACGUUACUAUCACGUUGCUAAGGGACUCGAACAUAUGAGCGUACGGCUCAGAACUGUCUUGUUCCUGUCGUUGCUCCCCGCACUCACGCUCCUCAUAGGCGUGGCCAUGGGCUGCCUCCAGAGCGUGGUGUGUAAGCCACGCGUGCGCCGUGAAAACAUCGUGGUGUAUGAGGUGUCAGCAUCAAUCGACCGGAGCCCCACAGUGGUGGAGGAGAACUCGCCCAUCGUGCUACGAUAUCGAACGCCCUACUUCCGAGCCUCCGCCGGGGUCGUAAUGCCACCUGUGCCCAGGAACGAGACGUGGACAGUGGGAUGGAUACAGGCAUGUACGCAGAUGGAGUUCUACAACACGUAUGGAGACGCGGGCGUGUCGAGCUGGGAGCUGCCGGAGCUGCGUGAGGGCCGUGUAAAGGCCAUUAGUGACUCGGAUGGCGUCAGCUACCCGUGGUACGGCAACACUACAGAAACGGUGACCAUCACGGGUCCGACGUCCAAACCGUCACGUCUCACCGUCAGCAUGAACGAUAAUUUCUACCCGAGCGUGACAUGGGCAGUGCCCGUGGGUGAGAGCGGCACACCGGCACUCACUCGUGUCACUCGUGACCAGAGCUUCAUCACGUGGUUGGUGGCGCUGAACAAUGUGACGCGUGAAAAGAUCCUGCUGCAGACGGUGCGGUGGCGCAUGCGGGUCGACAUUGUGGUUGAUCCCAUGAUGCCACUGGGCUCCCGCGCCAUUCUGGUCAGCCGGGCACACCAGGAACAGCCGCUUAUUCUCACCAAUAAUGAGCCCAUUCCGCCAAACGCACUGGCGCGACCCAACGCCAAUGAUGCCCAAGUGUUAAUGUGGAGGCCGAGGAGAGGAACGCCGAUUGUCGUCAUCCCCUCCAAAUAGACCUGCUAGUCAAAACCAGAUCAUGAUGCAAUGUGGCAAAAACACGUCCAUUAGCUUCUGUCUGCCCUCGGUGCAGGAGUGUGAUAUCACCUGUAGGAGGCGUAUCGGACGGUUUUAUAAACGAAUGGUCAAAAUCCGUCUGUGCAUGAGCAAUGGAUCAUGGGAAAUAAACGCGUGGGCUCCUCAGAGAUGAAGUGCUCUGAGAGACAAUGAGAAAAGGUUAAGCUGAACUUCUGGGUGAAGGUUCUUAGUACGAGCGUUCGCCAGGUACCGAUGGAUUGAUACGGACUGCAUGGUCAUGUGACGUGAGACAGAUCGUCUCCUUACACUAAUAAUACACCUCCACAGUAAUGACCCCAAACCACAGGCGUAUUAGUAAGUAAGACGCUGUAGAGUUUACACAGCUGCUAGCAGAGACACUUAGCUAGCGAACACCAGGUGUAGCAUGAUUAGCGAUGUCUCUCUCUCACACUCUCUUUCACACACACACACACACACACACACACACACACACACACACACACACACACAUACAGAAGGUUGGUAGGAGUGUGCUUCUGUCCUCCUGCCUGAUCUGGAAUGAGUUUCCCCCUCACUCCUCCUCACUCAGGUGCUGCACUGUAGGCGAUUUCCAUAUUAGCACACACUCCAUCUGUCCUCCAUCCCUCCUGCAUCCUUCUCUACUGUCCUCCAUCUGUCCUCCAUCCCUCCUGCAUCCUUCUCUCUCAUCCUCCAACUGUCCUCUACCCUGCCCUGUCCUCUCACAUUGACACGCAGUUACAGUGUCAAUCUACUGUUAAUCACACACUCACACACUCACACACACACACACUCUCUCUCACACACACACUCACACACUCACACACACACACACACACACACACACACACACACACACACACACUCACACACACACACACUCUC